CCGUGAGUGAGUCCGCCCCUCGGUUUAAAACUGAAUGGAAAUUUCCAGCGACUUCAUUCGGAAUUGUAUCAGCAGCCACGACUGGUGAAGCGUACCAAAGAAGAAACUAACGGCACGAAACGCUCUCAUAAAAGACAAUCUUAAGGACUCCAUUCAUUCAGACGCACUCGGAUCUACAGCAUUUGGUUUUCCUAUCUUCUCUAUUGUCUGAAAGAAAAGUCAACAUGUCUCAGCAGCAGAUCAGCCUCCCAGCCAAGCUCAUCAAUGGGGGUAUUGCUGGUAUCGUUGGUGUCACUUGUGUCUUUCCCAUUGACUUGGCAAAGACCAGGUUGCAGAAUCAGAGAAAGGGUCAGCAGGUCUACAAGAGCAUGAUGGACUGCCUUGUCAAAACAGUUCGGUCAGAGGGCUACUUUGGAAUGUACAGAGGUGCUGCGGUAAAUUUGACGCUGGUCACCCCUGAGAAGGCAAUCAAGCUGGCUGCUAAUGACUUCUUCCGCCAUCACCUCGCAAAGGAGGGAAAGGGCCUGACAGUGUUUAAAGAGAUGCUGGCAGGCUGUGGUGCUGGAAUGUGCCAAGUCAUUAUCACUACUCCAAUGGAGAUGCUGAAGAUUCAGCUGCAAGAUGCGGGAAGAAUUGCCGCCCAGCAGCAGAAGCCAGUCAUGAUGUCUCCUACAAAACUCGGGACCACAAACACUCUGCUCAGCCGCUCCUACAACUCCGGCAUGGUGGUGUCGGCUCCACGAGCUGUGUCAGCCACACAGAUCGCAAAGGAGCUCAUUCACACACAGGGCAUCCAGGGGCUGUACAGGGGUCUGGGGGCAACGCUGAUGAGGGAUGUUCCUUUCUCUAUCGUCUACUUCCCCCUGUUCGCCAACCUGAACCGCCUUGGUAAACCCAGCGCUGAUGAGUCAUCGCCCUUCUAUUGGGCUUUCCUGUCAGGCUGUGCAGCAGGUUCGACUGCUGCAGUAGCUGUUAAUCCUUGUGAUGUGGUGAAGACGAGGCUGCAGUCUCUGAACAAAGUGUCUACUGAGGAGACCUACAAUGGAGUAAUGGAUUGCAUCAGUAAAAUAAUGCGGAAGGAGGGACCGUCUGCCUUCCUGAAAGGCGCAGGUUGCAGGGCUCUGGUCAUCGCGCCGCUGUUUGGUAUCGCACAGGUUAUGUACUUUGUUGGCGUUGGAGAAUACAUUCUAGACAACUCACCUCUAAGCCUCCUGUCGGCGUGAGAGCAUCAUCGUCAUCCCGCUGGCUGGCUACAUGCAUCGUACCUUCUGAGUGUAGACGAUGGAACACCUGGCAGCUACAUACCAUCGGUUUACAGAAGAAAAAAAUUCAUGUGUGGUCUGACUGCUGAGAGGAGCCUCAGGGUUGCUGAGCCCUGGGGUUGGUCCUCUGUGUGGUCUGACAUCUGGGUUGCACUUAAACACUUUGUGACUUAUUCAGUAGGCUAUGGCCAAUGUUUGCACUUGAAGCAGCUAGCCUUACUGGGUCGGGGGACCUGGAGUUUGCAGUGUUAUUACUCUUCUCUUUGUCCCUGUCAGUCCAGUUCUGUUUCCCUCUGUGAGGGAGCUGGGCUGGGUAUCACUCCAUCAAACAAAGACCCAUUUCCCACGAUAUAAUUAUCUGAAUAUUUUCCAUGUGAACUACAUUAUUGUUUUGAACUGAAUGCAGUGACUUGCAGUACUUCCGUGUUUGUAUCUAUUUCUUUUUUUAUUGCUGUCUCAUGUUACAAAGGCUCUUAGUUUUAGAGCCCAAUUCAGACAAUUUAUUGCAAAGGGAUUUUUUUUUGUUUUUACUUUUUUUUUACAUAGCUUUUCAUCAUUAACUGUGAGUGUAAAUGUUGAAUUUGACUGAUCAUAAACCUUCCUGUUGACAUGGGACCAUACGGUUUGCCAAAACCAUAAACUGUGUCCUGUUAUAUACUUGAUAUUAGUCCUACAGUUCAGUAGUCAGUAUCUUAAUAUCUGCAAAAAACUUGAUGCACAUUAAAUAUGUAUGUGUUUGUCUGUAUAACCUCAGUUAUAAUAUUAGAUGAUCACAUAUGCAUACCACCUAUUUAACUUUUGGUUGUUGCCUUAACAGAGCAGGCCAUCUUCUGACUGACAAACAAUUCUGUUGGCCAAAAAAGCAUUAUGACUGUUACUGUUUGUGAACUGAAAAAAAAGUUACAUAUGUGAUUGUGAUAGCUUUUGUACAUAUAUUGUAUUAAAAAAAAAUACAAUUUGUAAUGUA